AUGGCAACUUCACAACCAAAAGACGACAGCAAAACUGCUGACAGGGCUGAGCUCGCCACUGUAACCAGCUAUACCGACAAUGGAGGCCAAGGCAGUGAGAUCGACGAAGCGUAUCUGCGCGCUUCGUCCCUCACCAAAUUCUACAGGAGCGUCCUGUUUCAAAUGAUCCUGUUUGGAGCCCUCUCAUUCGUUGGCCCAGCUAUGGCCGAUGCCAUCUCCAACCUAGGAGGUGGCGGUCUCUCCAGCCCUUACUUGGCCAACUUGGCCAACUCGCUCAAUUACGCGUCUGGGUGUAUGGUCACGCUCAUUGGAGGGCCCUUGAUUAACAAAUUUGGUAUCAAGUGGUCGUGCAUGAUUGCUGCUGUGGCCAUGCCUCUGUCAGGCUCGGCUUACUACGUGAACGCGAAAUACGGUGUUGACUGGUACCUGCUCUUCUCAAAUGCAAGAUUUACCUCGGGCUUCCUCUACGUCGCAGAGACGACCGCAAUGCUGUCGUACCCGUAUCAGAACGAUAGAGGUUUCUAUUUAGGCAUUUGGUCUGCGAUGCGAAACUCGGGCAGCGUUAUUGGUGGCGCCAUCAACUUUUCCACGAACAACACCCAGUCCUCUGCAGGAGGAAUUGCAUGGUCUACAUACCUCAUCUUUGUUGGUUUUGCUUGCACGGGUGUAAUUUGGGCUUUCCUACUGUCGCCCACCAGGCGUGUUCGACGUCGCGAUGGCUCCAAAAUCCCCAUCGCUGGAAGAAUCACCUGGAAGCAAGAGUUCAAAGCCCUUUGGAGGCAUAUGCAGUACAGAAAGACUUGGCUCGUUUUUAUCCCUGCCUUCUACUCAUUCUUUUAUGGUGGAACUAUGGGCACAUAUCUUUCGCUACACUUUUCAGUGCGCGCACGUAGCUUGUCGUCCCUCAUUGUUCCGACAAUCACCAUUCCAGCAGUCAUUGCCUAUGGGAAACUGUUGGAUACAAAGCGCUGGGCGCAGUCCAAGCGAGCAUGGCUUGCUUUCUCUCUCUGGGUCAUUCCCCAAUCGGCCUGCUUCAUCUGGAUUGGCAUCGAAUAUUCCAAGUUUGGAAAGGGCACAGCCGCACUGGACUACGAACUUGCAAGCAAGAGAUGGGCCGAGGCCUACCUGCCGUACUUGAUCAUAUUUGUUACCGGGUAUUGGACUCAACUGUCUCUAUACUGGAUUCUAGGCACCUUUUCUACCGAUGUCGGAUCAUCUUCUCGCACGGGCGGCCUGUUCCGCGCCUUCGAAACGGCUGGUCAAGCUGUCUCGUACGCCAUCAACUCCAACUCUACCUCUGAUCCCCGAAUUCCGUUCUACGUCAACUGCUCGGUGCUGGCUCUCGCAAUCCCCUGCAUGGUAUUCCUCAUCCGAUUGGUGCCGGAGGCCCCUGCUAGCACGGAUAUUGAUGUAGGCGAGGAUGGAGUGAUACAAGGUGUACCAACCUCGAAACAGAUCCAGGCCAAUUAG